UUAGGACCAAUGAUGAAAGGCAGACCGAGGGGAUCGCUUUUAAGACUCUUGAUUCUCAUCCUGACGACGGUGGAUCAGAUGAUGGUAGUCUUGACGGCUCAUCACGGUGGUCAUCAUCAUCGAGUCUCGAGGAGGAUCCAUCUGCCACGUGCGGUGGAGGCUACCAAGAAGUUUCUUUGCAGAGAGCCCCAAUCGAGAGCUUACAAUCUGAGGGAUCUGGUGCACAGUAUGCAACCAAGCGAGAGCGUGAAUCAGCCGGUGUACAUUGUGGUGAAGAAGUGCGAUAACCACUCGGGCUGCUGCGUUAGCCCCGACCUCAGCUGCGCGCCGGUGCCGUCGUCGAUCUAUCACGAGGACAUGGAGAUUGAGGUCUGGAGCUUGCUGACGAAUAGCACGAGGAGGGUGUGGAUCAGGAUCGAGCAGCACGGCAGAUGCAGCUGCGAGAUCAGUAGUGCUAGUGAGAGACUUAAAGAGGACACUCGGCCACCUAGUAUACAGAUUCUUUGAUCCUUGAAGUUCCUUGGAUCCUAGAUUCAGCACUGAAGCAGAGAACUGCAAGUAGAUCGAUCAGCGGUUGGCUGAUUACCCUGCAUUUCGAUCGACAAUUCUGUGCUGGAAGAAGAAUAACGUGAAGUGUCAAUUGAAGUUGGUUACUCAAGACUGGGAUUAAUUUUUUAAGAUUUCUAUUUGUACACACUUUAAUUUUUUAAGGUUUCCUUAAAAUUGCGUGUCGCGGUAGAACGGAGACUAGAGAUGCAACAGCACUGACAUGUUCGCCAAGAAUUUUUAAUAUACAGUGCAAUAUUAUAAGAAAAAUAUGAAUGAUAUAAAGUGUUGAUAAAUGUCGAUUGUAGCUGAGACUGAGGACAGUUUUUAUAGUUAAUGUUCGACCUGUCUAUUCCGUUUACGGCUACAUGAUGGUGGAAGACAAGAAGCGAUAAAGUGAAAUUAGUUAGCAGACACUAUAUGGACUUUGAUACUCCAAAUUAGCUUAAUUAACAAAUCUAAUUAAGAAAUUAAGAACUAAUAGAAAAUACAAAGAAAGUCGCUCAAUAAGUGAUUGUGAUUGUGAAGAAUUAUGUCAUGAAGCAUACUUUGAAUGCAAAAAUCAUUAUUUGGAUGAGCGAGAAAAAGGAAACGAACCGAAUAGGUAAAUUUAAGAAUUUAAAGAUUCAAUUUCGGUGACUAUUUUUUCGAAAAAAACUUUCAUCCUUCAAAA